UCUCUCUCUCUGUGGGAAUCUGUCUUUAUGAUGUAGUAUCUAUAAAUCGGAAAGGAAGCGCACGCUGCUUUCUGCGUACUCGGUGACAACAGCGCACAUUCCCUGUCACCUGUGCUGGACUGCUCGGAGCACCGCACAACGCCUGCUCCCACUUCUUUCCCUCUUUUUAUCUUCAUUUCUCUAAAGAGCAUCUGGAUCUGAAUCCUAUUCUAUAAUUUUAUUUAGUUCCAACUUAACCAAAAACAAUUACUAUACCCUAAUAAAGUUGAAGCUGAAGCUGAAGCUGAAAGGUGUCAGUGGAGAUUAGAAGCGGACAAAGAUGAAGGUCGUAGACAAGAUCCGGUCUGCUACGCUUGGGGAUGGAGGCAAUGUCGUCUUCUCCUUCGAGUUCUUCCCCCCCAAGACCGAUGAUGGAGUCGAUAACCUCUUCGACAGGAUGGACCGCAUGGUCGCCCACAACCCCUCUUUCUGCGACAUCACCUGGGGCGCUGGUGGCUCCACCGCCAAUGUCACCCUCGACAUUGCCAACCGUAUGCAGAAUAUCGUCUGCGUCGAGACCAUGAUGCAUCUCACCUGCACCAACAUGCCCGUCGACAAGAUCGACCACGCCCUCUCCACCAUUAAGUCCAACGGCCUCCAGAACGUCCUCGCUCUCCGUGGUGACCCCCCUCAUGGCCAGGGCAAGUUCGUCCAGAUCGAAGGCGGCUUUGCCUGCGCUCUCGACCUUGUGAAACAUAUCAGAGCUAACUAUGGUGACUACUUCGGCAUUACCGUUGCUGGUUACCCAGAGGCACAUCCCGAUGUGAUAGGAAGUAAUGGCGUGGCUACAUUGGAAGCUUAUCGCAAUGAUCUCGCUUAUCUCAAGAGAAAGGUUGAUGCUGGAGCAGAUCUAAUCAUUACUCAACUAUUCUAUGACACUGAUGUUUUUCUCAAAUUCGUGAAUGAUUGUCGACUAAUUGGAAUAACUUGCCCCAUUGUUCCUGGAAUUAUGCCCAUUAAUAACUACAAGGGAUUUCUUCGCAUGACUGGUUUUUGCAAAACAAAGAUACCUGCUGAAAUAACUGCUGCCUUGGAGCCUAUUAAGGACAAUGAAGAAGCUGUCAAAUCAUAUGGAGUUCAUCUUGCGACUGAAAUGUGCAAGAAGAUUUUAGCUCAUGGGAUUAAGACAUUGCAUCUCUAUACGCUAAACAUGGAGAAGUCAGCACUAGCUAUAUUAAUGAAUCUUGGUUUGAUUGAAGAGACCAAAAUAUCAAGGUCCCUGCCCUGGAGACGCCCAACGAAUGUUUUCCGUGUCAAGGAAGAUGUUCGUCCAAUUUUCUGGGCUAAUCGUCCAAAAAGCUAUAUAUCAAGGACUAAAGGCUGGGACCAGUACCCACAUGGGCGAUGGGGUGAUUCUUGUAAUCCAUCAUAUGGAGCAUUAGCUGACUAUCAGUUCAUGCGGCCACGUGCACGUGACAAGAAACUUCAUGAAGAAUGGGCUACACCUUUGAGCAACUUUGAAGAUAUUCAUGAGAAAUUUAAGAAAUUCUGCCUUGGAAAAUUGAGAAGCAGUCCUUGGUCGGAAUUAGACGGGCUACAGCCUGAAACACAAAGCAUAAAUGAACAGCUGGGGAAGAUUAACAUGAAGGGUUUCCUUACCAUCAAUAGCCAACCAGCAGUCAAUGGCGAGAAAUCUUCUUCUCCAGCUGUGGGAUGGGGUGGGCCUGGAGGUUAUGUUUAUCAAAAGGCCUAUAUAGAGUUCUUCUGCUCUAGGGAGAAGUUGGAUUGGCUCGUUGACAAGUGCAAGGCUUUCCCAUCUCUAACUUACAUGGCUGUAAACAAAGAGGGAAGUUGGAUAUCAAACGUUGGCCUAACUGAUGUAAAUGCUGUAACAUGGGGAGUCUUCCCAGCCAAGGAGAUCAUCCAACCCACUGUCGUGGAUCCUUCCAGCUUCCUGGUAUGGAAGGACGAGGCAUUUGAAAUCUGGUCGAGGGGAUGGGCUUCCUUGUACCCAGAGGGUGACACAUCCAGAAAAUUGCUUGAAGAGGUCCAGAGCAGCUAUUUCUUGGUCAGCUUGGUAGAUAACGAUUACAUCCAUGGUGAUCUGUUUGCAGUUUUUGCAGAUACAUGAGAUGAGCUCUGCGUUUCUUCCCUCUAUCAAAGCCCACUCAAGCAAUUCGAAGUAGGGCUAUUCUUAAGUUGGAUUAUAUAAAAUAUUAUUGUUGUUGGAUUGUGUCAAAUUACAAUCUCAUUGCCUUGUGGUAAUAAUUCAUUGAGGUUUUGGUACACCUCUCCUCCGCUUCAUAUUGGAGCAAGUAGCAAUUUAGUAGAGGACGGUAGACUAAUGCCCAGAGUUGGACUGCUUCAAUGAGUUUGCAUUAUUUAUUGGGAUUCUAUUAAGGCAAGUUCAAUGUAUUGGCAACUAAUUUUAUUAUUAAGUUUGGGUGUUGAGAA